AUGUUGCCUUACUUAUCCUACCUCAGUGCCACCGUGCUCGGUCUCGUACACGGCCCGCCGAGUCUAAGCUUAACUGCCGUGACCGGGAGGAACAACAUCUCGGUCUUGGAAUGCUGGCAGCUUACCUCGCCGUUCAUCAAAAAAGCAGGCAUGGAUGUGGUACGAAUGGGCGAUAUCGCAAAUGCGUCGUAUUACAGUAUCCCGCCGAAUUUCGACAACGGGCGGCACCCGGGGCCCGCAAAACAAUAUGUCUGGGUUAUCAGCGGCCUUAUGCAUAUCUCCUUGCCGAACGCCACGGAUGAAGUAAUCGUACACGGUGGCAGAUACGGGCUUAUGUAUAUCGACGACACGGCGGAUGUCUCGAUUUGGGGACACAGGACGACGUUUCCGGGAGACGACAGGACGAUUAUCCUUAUGAUUCCUGUUCGGGAUGAUAUUAACCCUCCCCAUUGGGUUUUAUACGAUGGACCCUGCAAGAUUGGGCCGGCGCCGGUUGGUACCGGAGAAUAG